GUGCUAUUAAACCAUUAAAUUUUAUAUAGGAGUCUCUAAUAAUCAAAAUAGAAAAAGGGUUUUCAAAUAGAAAUUAAAGAGUGAUAAAAGUUUAAUCUAAUAAUUUUUCUUCUAUAAAAUUAAUUGGUAUAAAAAUCUUUGUUUUAUUGUUUAAUUAGCACAGAGUUGGUAAAAAUUUAUAAUAAUUAAUUAAUUCAAAAACAAAUUAAUUAAAAAUAAAAAAAUAAGUAAAUAGGAAAAAGAAAAAAAUUAAAAUGAACUUUUUUAGAUUUUAUCUAAUAAUUUUAGUUUUCUUUGUUUAACAAACAAAAUCAUAAGAUGAAUUAAAUAUGAAGGUGAUUGGAGAUGAAAAUUGUGAUAAAUCUGUAAUUUAAUAGCUAAAUGAAUAAAAUAUUAUAUAUUUUUGCUAAGAAAAUAAUAUAAUGAUAGGAAACUAAGAUAAAAUAGCUUUUGAUUUAAAUUUAAAAGAUUAGAAUCUUUUUUCUAGGAUAAUUAUCUAUAAUAUCAAAGUAGCUAGUAUAAAUAACCUUAUCUUAGAAAAUAUAUAAUUUUAUUAAAAUGAUGCAUUCAUAUAUUUUAAUUAAAUAUAAGAUUUAGAGAUGUUAAAUAUAAGUAUUUCUAAGUCUAUGAAGUCCUUUUAUAUGUUAUUUAAUUCAGAUUAUAUUACUUCAAUUACUAUAAAAUAAAUUAUUCUAAAAGAUAUUUUCAUCCAGAAAAUUAAAUUCUAAUCUUAUUUAAUUUACAUAAAUUAAAUAAGCUUAAUUAACUCUUAAAUCUGUUCACUAAAUCUUAUUGGGGAUGGUAAAUUAGCAAUAAAAAAUUAUUAAAAGAUAUUGAAUGCAAGUUUUACUCAAUUUGAAUUUACCGAAUGUCCCGAUUCUGUUUUUUAAUCAAAAUAAGAAAUAAAUAUUGAGAGCAUAAAUUUAGAUUUAAGCUAUAUUAAUAUCUCUCCUACUUAAAUAUUUAAUGUUUUAAGUUUUUUUGUGAAUUCUGUUUAAGGAAAAAUAAAAAUAGAUUUGAUAUCAUACUAGUCAUCUUUUGUCACAAAUUCAUACAUAGAAGUAAUAUAGUUCAAUUCAGAUUUACUGACAAAAUAAAGGGCUAAUGUAGAGAUUGAUAAAUUGAUUUAUUAAAAUAAUGAUAGUAAUAGCUCUUUGUAUUUAGAUGUAAAAUCAUUAUAAUCUUUUUUUAUAAAUGAAUUAAUUUUAGAAGGACUUUCUGGCCCUAUUUAAUAUAGUAGAUAUCAAAGUUUAUUUAAAAUUUUUAAUACUGGAAUUAUUACUAUUUGGUUAAUAACUAUUAAAAAUUGUGAAAAUAUAAAAGGACCUAUUUUUUAAGUCCUUUAUUCUUAAGAAAUUAAAACAAAAUUACUUAUCUUAGAAAAUUCAGUCAUUUAUUCUAGCUUUAUAGUUUUGGAAGUUAUUAUCGAUUUGACAAUCGAAAAUUUUUAAAUAAGAAACAUAAAAUUUUAUGGAUAUUUGAUAAAUGCAUAAUAAAUUUAUAAUUUAUAUUUUAGAUUUUUUAUAUUAUCAGAAUCACUUAUCAAUUCAAAAUCGUUAUUUAAUCUAAAAAAUAUAAACAGAAGCGUGUUUGGAGAAUUUGCUAUUGUAAAUGUAAACACAGACCAAAAAUAAUCUAUGAUUUUCUAUUAUGUAUUAGAGCCAGAAUUAAUCAUGAAAACAAUACUUUUUAGAUCUUCUUAGGCAAAUUUAUAAACUGAAAAUAACUUAUAAUUCUUAACAUUAGAUGGCUCUAACUAUCAUUUUACAAUGUCCAAAUCUAAAAUAAUAAAUGGAUCUUCUAUUAACUUUGGUGGUUGCUUAAAUUUUAUUAACACUUUUGAUACUAUUUAAAAUUAAGUAAUAGAAAUUUGGGGAACUACAUUUUAAUAAUGCAGGAGCAAUUAUUUAGGAGGUGCUAUUUCUGGGACAUCUUUUAUUGGGAUUUACAAUUAUUUUAUUGAAUGCAGUAGCUAAAUAGGUGGUGCUAUAUAUGUUGUUUAGGGGUUAAAUAGUGAUAUAGAUUAAGAUCAUAAUAAAUUUUAAUAAAAUAAAGCUUAUUUAGCUGCAAAUACAUUUAAUAAAUCUCCUUUAAAGUUAAAAAUCUUAGAAAUUUUAGAAAUAAAUUAAAUUAAUUUUAAUGAUAAAAAUUUAUUUACAUAAACUAAUUAAUAUUUGUAUCCUGGAUUGACCUAUGUUAUUAGAUUAUCUCUAGAAGUAGAUGGUGAAUAGCAUAACGAAUACACAAAUAACAAUAAUUUUGGUAAUCUCUAUUAACUUCUAGUUUCACCUUCAUAAAAUUUUAUUUCUUAAACCCCGAAUCAACUUUAUUCUAUCAACUUUCCCUUUAUUUUAUGGUCUGCAAAAGAUAUAUCCUUUAGUGGUAAGUAAGAAAUAGAAUUGGAAGCUAUUUAGAUUUAUUUAGCCUAGCUUUAUACUUUAAAAGAAAGUUAAUAUAAAGUAUAUAAUGGCUGUAAAGAACAAGGAAUGGAAAAAGUAUAUUUAGAUAAAUAUUCAAGAACUUAGUUCAUAUGUUAAUACUGUGAAUAAAUGAAGGUAAGCUACUAUGGAGUAUGUCAAUAAUGUUAAGUUGAAUAUUUUUAAUAAUGUUAUGGAAAUUACUCUGAGCUAAAAUCAUCAUAUUGGAGAUCAAUAUAUUCAGCAGAGCCUUAAGAUAUUUACUAUUGUUCUAAUAAUCCUUCAAGUUGCUAAGGAGGUAGUGGAAUAGGAAAUGAACUUUGCUAUGAAGGUCAUGUAGGAGCCUAAUGUUUGGACUGUGAUCUUUAUGGUACUUAUUGGAAUGAAAGAUUUUCUAAAGAGGGUUUCUUUUAAUGUGUAAAGUGUAGUUCAAUAUCUUCUAAUACUAUAAAAAUUAUAGUAUUGUUAACUAUUUUGAUGCUUAGUCUACCAUUUAUUUUAUAUUCAACCUUUAAAAAGCUUAAAAAUGAAAUUCUUGCACUUUAUUUAUCUAAAAUGGGUAUUUUUUUCAUUCGGAAAACAUUGCAGUAAUAGACAUUGACUUCUACUUACAUUAAGAUUUUACUAUUUCAUACUUAAAUUUAUUUCAUAUCAAAUUAAUUCACCAAAGUGAAUAUACUUUCUACUUUAUUUAAUUUCUAGUUCUUAUUCUACAAUCCCUUAAGCUCCUCCUUCCUCUCUUUAAACUGCUUAAUUUCUCAGUAUAAACCUGAAUCAACUAAUAUAGGAUACACUGAACUUCUUUUAACAUUUAUAAUCCCAAUAUUUAUUUGCUCAUUAACAAUUAUUGUGUCUUUUUGUAUAUUUAUUCUAAAAAGAAAGCUAUUCAUAAGGAGCCUAUAUAUGUCUAUCCUAACUUUUAUAUAUAUGUUUAUGAUAGUUUUUUACUCAAUUCUAUUAGAGAAAACGCUUAGUAGUUUCUUUUGUUUAAAACUUGACAAGGAUAAAUAUUAUUCUCUUAUUGACCUAAGCUUGGAAUGUGGAAACUCUUCAGAACUCUAUAAAAUAUAAUGCCUAAGUUUAGUGAUAUUAAUCUUAUUUUUGGUAGUUUUCCCAUUUGUAGUAUUUGCAAAGCUAAUUUAAUCACGAAAGAGACUAAAUAAAGUUAAAGUCAAAUUUACUUUUGGGUUUUUAUACAUUGAAUAUAAAACAAAAUUUUUCUAUUGGGAGAUGGUAAGAAUUUUUGUGAAAAGCUUGAUUAUUUUAUUUUAUGUGUAUUUGAAGUAAUAUCCUUAGAUUAGUCUCACUACGAUUUCUAUAAUAUUAUUUUGUUAUGUUAUGGCUUUAAAAAGCUUUAAUCCUUUCAUCUCAUCAUUUUUAAAUAAUUUAGAAAUAAUAUCAACAAUAAUUUCAAACAUGAUACUUCUCUCAUCUACAAUGUAUUUGCAGUAGAAUUAGAAUGGAGAUAAUAAUUUUCAAGAUUUUAAGAUAGCGUUAUACUUAAUAAUUUAGUUAUGUAACAUGAUGUUUUUCUUUUAUUGCAUUUGGCUAAUAAUAAUGUCUUUUCUAGAAAAAUACAUAUAAAAAUUAUAAAAAUGUCUUAAAUGGAGAUGUAUUUAAAGAUUAAAAUCUACAGAUAAUAUGAAAAUAAAUAAAAAUGUAAAAAAAAUGAUAAUAUGUAUGAAAAAAAUGCAAAUAAAUUAAAAAUUAGACGAUUCUUUACAACUCUUGUUAUCCUAUGAAUUAUAAAAUGAUUUAGAUUGA